GUUGGUGUCAAACUGCCAUUCUCAGCAUGGCGAGACACACUUUUGCUGUCAUGUUCCGGUUGCUGUCUCUUUUCAUUUGGCAAUUCCGCUACCUUGGGGGCCUAGUGAAACACGCUUCCCUCGAUCGUUGCUCUGGAAGGUGUGUGCAUAUUGCUCGGAAGCCCUGCUGGCCCCAUGGGACGGACGGGAGUGGAGAAUCUUCACAGAAGCCUUCUAUAACUCGUUUGAAUCAAGACUUCGUCAUCUCGGGACUUGUCCUUUCAAAGCAUCAACGCCGGUGCAAAGGGGAUUCAUAAGGAGAAAUCGCCUCUCCAAGGUUGCCCAAAGAUCCAAGGGCUCAGAAUACGUUUUCCCCAGGUGCUGAAACUGCGGUGUGUGCUCUCGCCCUCGACUUCACGGAUGGGUGGUUGAGACGUGCAAACGGACGCUCCUCCUACCCAGGUCGGUUCCUAGACAUUGCCAACAAAGAGGACUUCCACACCGAACUUGCUGAGAGCGCUUGGAGACACCACUGGGCGGCCUUGGACUGCAGGAAGCUGCACCGCUAGUUGGUAUCGAAGGAGCACCGAUUCUCAAGCUCGCUAUCUGCCAUUCUCCCAUAAAGACCCAC